AUGCAGCCAGAGAAUACGGAAGGAUGGAUCAAUGUGACAGUAAGAACGCCGCCCUCCAAGAGCAGUAAACCAGAUCAAAUCACUUCCAGAUAUCAGAAUAAAGAGCCAGAAAGGGAAGUACCGACAACGUCACAGAGUUCUAACCAAGCCCGCCUGCCAACCUCCCUGCGUCCUCUCCACUACACUCUCAGAUUACAGCCCUUCAUCAACGGUAAUUUCAGCAUUCAUGGUGCGAUUGAUAUUCGUCUCGAGGUUCUCGAGCCUUCAGAUAAAAUUAUCCUCAACAUGGCCGACAUCAUCACCAAGAAUGAAUCAGUCAAGGUUGUUGCUGAGGAUACGUUGGGUGAGCAGGUGAAGCUUCUAAAUCAGACUUUUGAUCCUUUACUUCAGUUGUAUACAGCAUAUCUAGAGAAGAGUUUGCUUCCCACAACGACCUACAAGUUCCACAUGGAGUUCCAAGGUUACCUUAAUGACAAACUUGUUGGCUUCUAUCGCUCAGAAUACACUGAUGCUCAAGGUAAUAACAGAUGGUUGGCCGCAUCUCAGUUUUCACCAGGUGAUGCGCGAAGAGCCUUCCCAAGCUUCGAUGAGCCCAGCUUCAAGGCCACCUUUGAUAUUCAUUUAGCCAGGCAAAACAACAUGACAGCUCUCUCCAAUAUGCCUCUUAUAGUUUCCAAACCUAUUGAUGGUGUUGAUGGGUGGGUGUGGGACACCUUCAACACCACCAUGACUAUGUCAACUUACCUCGUUGGAUUCCUCAUCAGUGACUUUUCAUAUCUUGAAUCAUCAGAGCUCAACAACACGCUUUUCAAAGUAUGGACACGGAAGGACGCCGUGAGUCAGGCCGCUUAUGCUCGUGACACAGCCCCAGCUAUACUCACCUUCCUUGAGAACUAUUUUAAUAUUCCAUUUCCUCUGCCAAAGCUUGACAUGUCAAGUGUACCAGACUUCAAGUUUAAUGGCAUGGAGAACUGGGGACUCAUCCUCUUCAGGGAAACUGCUCUAUUAUACGAUUCGAAGCUAAGUUCAGUCUCCAGCAAGCAGACUCUUGGCAAUGUCUUAGCUCAUGAGAUCGCUCAUCAGUGGUUUGGCAACUUGGUCACUCCAGCCUGGUGGUCAGACCUCUGGCUCAAGGAAGGAUUUGCAACCUUUAUGGGCUAUAUAAGCCUUAAUGUUGUUGAACCAACAUGGGGUGUGAUGGAACAGUUCCUGAUAUCAAACCUUCACAAAGCACUGGAACUAGAUAGUCUCAAGACUUCCCACCCCAUUAAUGUUGUUGUUAACCAUCCAGACGAAAUUCCUCAGAUAUUUGAUGUCAUAUCUUACAGUAAAGGUGCUUCCAUCAUCCGCAUGAUGCAACACUUCCUGUCAGAGAACACCUUCAGGAAGGGCGUCACCAACUACCUUAAUUCUUUGUUGAUUGCUCUUACAGCUAGGUUGUUUGCUUUGCGCCAUGUUGCAAGUGGCCUGCGACCCAAAUGUCUGCCAGAUUUGUCACAAUGGAUCAUUCUUAACAUCCAAGAAUCCGGCUUUUACAGAGUUAAUUACGACAAAGUCACCUGGCAGCUCCUGAAUAAUCAACUGGCUACUGACCACAAGAUUAUACACUUGGUCAAUCGUGCCCAGAUACUGGACGAUGUCUUCAACUUGGCCACAGCAGGUGUAGUGGACUACGGCACAGCGCUCGCCACAUCUGUUUACUUACAAAGAGAGGAAGACUUCGUCCCGUGGAAAGUUGCUCUUACGUCAUUUACUUACUUAAUGAACAUGUUUGAACGUACUGCUGGCUAUGGAGCUCUCAGGAAAUAUAUUCGAACAUUGUUAACGCCAUUAUAUGAUUCUGUUGGAUUUGCUGACCAUGCAGACGACUCGCACCUGACACUCAACAAGAGAGUGCUGGCCCUUCACUUCGCCUGCAGGCUGGGUCACCAACCUUGUGUCACGAAUGCUACGCAGUUAUUUAUAAAAUGGAUGAAUUCACCUCUCAAUGAAAGCGUUGUGUCGGCCAACGUGCAAAGUACAGUACUGUGUACGGGUAUCUCCAAGGGAGGAGAGGAUGAGUGGAACUCUGGCUGGGCUCGUUACACUCGCUCAAAUGUUGCAUCUGAAAAGAAAAUACUACUAUAUGCUAUGGGCUGUUCCAAGGAGAUGUGGAUCCUUGCAAGAUAUCUUCAGAUGGCUUUCACCAGCAAGAGUGGAGUGAGGAAACAAGAUUCAUCACUUGUGUUCACCGCUGUAGCGAGCAACACUGUGGGUCGUGACCUGGCCUGGAACUACCUCCAGGAUCAGUGGUCCAACAUUCUGCAGUACUUGGGACCAGGAUCCUCUCACCUCUCCAAGAUAAUAAAAUCAGUAAGCCUGGGUUUCAACACUCGCCUCCAGUUGCAGCAGCUGGAGAAGUUCAAAGUUGACAAUGCUGGACAACUGGGAUCAGCUACAAGAGCUCUGGAUCAGUCACUGGAAACUGCCAAGCUUAACGUUCUUUGGAUGGAUAAAAACUACAAAAUAAUUUUAGAAUGGCUAAAAGAAAAAGGCUUUGAUCACACUCUCUGAGGCAUGAAUUGACAGAGAUGAAGAAAGGGGACCUGGUAACUAUCUUUUAAGAGUUUUUCAGCAUUUUCUUGCUAACGGAGCCAUAUAAAUAACACGUAAUAUUCUACAGUCUAUGCCAAACACAUCUUUUGCUUUUCUUGUUUUUGAUAAGCAUAGGACAAAUUAUUCAACGCCUUUUCAUGACUCAGUACUACUACUACUAUUGCUACUUUUGCUACUACUACUACUACUACUGUUACUUCUGCUACUACUACUACUACUACUGUUACUUCUGCUACUACUACUACUACUACUAUUACUGCUACUUCUGCUGCUGCUGC